AUGGAUAAAACGGCCAAGAAACGUAUCCUCACAUUAAUGGGCGUCUGCGAAAGCUCAAAUGUUGAUGCACGACGCAACAAGGAGAUCAACGAUCAGAUCGAAAAGGAUCGACGGCUCAAUGAUUCGACUGUCAAGUUGUUGUUGUUGGGUAUGGUUUUUUCAGUUUUUAGUCAGAAGGCUUUCGCUGACCUUGAGCCUGGGCUUGAGACGAAGCCUGCGACUGAGACCGAGCAUACGCCAGAACCACGGCCAGAGCCAAAGCUUUGAGUCUGAGCUUGGAACUGGCCCUGUCUGAGCGUAAGCUAGAACCAGAACCAGAAUUAGAACUAGAGCUAGAACUAGAGCGAGAGCUAGAGCUAGAGCUAGAGCUAGAGCUAGAGCUAGAGCUAGAGCUAGAGCUAGAGCUAGACCUAGAGCUAGAGCUAGAGAUAGAGCUAGAGCUAAGGCUAGAGCAAGAGCUAAGGCUAGAGCUAGAGCUUGAGCCUGAGCCUGAGCAUGAAGUUAAGCUUGAGCCUGAGCCUGGGCCUGAGCUUCAGCCUGAGCCUGAGCUUUAGCCUGAGCUAAAGCCUUAGUUUAAGCCUAACCCUGAGCCUGCGUCUGUCUUAGCCAGUUUACCAUUUAGUAACGUUUGCUUAUAAAAAACUUAUGAGCUAUCCAUAGCGUGACAAAAGAAGCUAUUUCAAUACUGUUCAAAGUUUUCUGUUCUCAAUUAGUGUAAAUAUUUAAUUUCAGGUGCUGGUGAAAGCGGAAAAAGUACAAUUUUAAAACAAAUGAAGUAAGUUCAUGCCAUUUUGAAAUCAUUACAUAUUUUUUUUUGGUUAUUUCAAUUUAAUUUUGCAACUUAAAAAAAAAUUGUGUUUAAAAAUGAAGUUUAUGCUUUAAGAUGAAUUUUAGGCUUAAAAAUAAAUAAAUAUUAAAAAUUUCAAAAAUUUUUAAAAUAAAAUUUUUUCAGAAUUAUACACGAUAAUGGGUACACGGAAGCAGACGCAAUUCAAAAAAAGUCCAUGGUUUAUGCAAAUGUCAUCCAGGCGAUGCACUAUAUUGUACAAGGCAUCGAGAGGCUUGGCCUUAACUUUUCGAAUUCAAACUCGGCUGUAAGUAAACUUAAGUUUAACUGUAUAAGAAACUCAGCUAUUAUGUAUGUCCUGUAUAACGAACAACUUUAAAAAGCGCAAGCAGUUUGUUAUAUACAAAAGUUUCGUUGUACUUAGUUUUGGUUUUAUAAGCUUAUUAUAAGUUUAUUAUGCCAUUUCUUUUUGUACAUAUCAAAAUAAGUUUGUAUUUAUUGAAAAAACAUAAGUUUUAAGCCUAAAAUUGCUUACGUUUAAGGAACACGCUCGUCUAAUCGACGCAGUAAUUAAGAAGAACAAGGAAGGAGACCCCAUAGCCGACAAUGUUUAUAUGGCAAUUAAGGAGCUUACCAUGGAUAAGGCUUUUAAAAAGGCCAUGGACCGGAAAACUGAAUUCUAUAUGCCAGACUCUUCUGUACAGUAAGCUUACAUUUAAAAAUUUUCAAUUUUGAUUUAUGUCAUCAAAUGACAUUUUAAAUUACAAAUUGUGUCAUACAAGUACAUCUGUAAUCAUAAAAUGACCUUUUAAUUAAACUUUCUCAAAAUUUAGUUUUAUCGACUCACUAGACCGAAUAUGCAAUCCUAGCUACAUACCCAGCCAACAAGACAUUCUACUACUGCGUAUCUCGACUAUGGGUGUUAUUGAAGUGACGUUUAAGAUUAAGGACAAAAUGUGGCGGUAAGUGCUUGUUACUGUGGUAAAGAUACGAGAGUUAUGGCAAUGUUAAAUUUGUUUUUGGUAUCUUAAUACAGUUAUAUUUUAAAAUUUCAUCGCUGUGCAAUACAGGGUGCGUGAAAAGUGGUGUUACCCGGUUUUAUAAUCAAAUAUAAAUUUUAACAACAAAUAUAACUAAAACAACAACUAACAAUAGUAACAUAUAGUACUAGUUAUAACAUAGUCAAUCGGUUUCGAAGUGUCCGCCCGUUGCGGCUUGGCACAAGCGCAAACUCUUCAAAAAGGUUUCAGCGAUGGGCCGCAGUACCUCCGGUGACAGUUUGUCUCACUCUUCGAUCAAUGCUUGUUUCAAAGACUCCAAAGUUUGGUGUCUUCUACAACACACCCUAGCCUUCAAUAUCGACCACACACGGUAAUCCAUAGGAUUGAGAUCGGGAUAAUAUUGAGGCCAUUCAGCCGAUGCAAUGAAGCCAGGGAAAUGGGUUCGACACCACUCUUGCGUUGAUUUUGCUUUAUGGGCCGGUGCAGAGUCUUGCUGAAGGAUCCAUGCGGCUCCUUUGAAGCUUCUGAGCCCAAGGGAGUACCACAGCUUCCAAAAUGUCCCUUUGAUACACUUUUCUGUUGCUCUUCACGCCUUCAUUAACAAAAAUCAAAGGAAUCUUGCCUGAAGCACAGAUACCGGCCCAAACCAUACUGCCCCGAGGGUGUUGACGACUUGCCACGAUGGCUUCAGGUUCAGAAGGCUCUGUUGAGUAUUAUCUGUCAUUUUGGGGAUUGUAGACUUCUGUACAAUAGAAAUAUCUUUUUUGACCAGCGGCCCGCUGCUGGAGUAGUUUACAUCUUUUGAUACCUACCGCCUUGUUUUCUUUAGUUAGUUUUUGAUUUUUUUUUGAGUUUGUACGGCUUCAUCUUAAAUUUCUUUCCCACUAUGCGCCCCAAAGUAGUUUCUUUGAUUUCCGCCUCCCGGACUAUUUUUCGUACUGAGGUCCGUGGAUUUCGCUUCAUGAUCAUCUGACGAUCGGCCAGGGUGUUAACAGAUGCUGGACGCCCACUUCUAAGUCUGUCACAGUCAUGUCUAAGCUCUUCAAAACGUUUUACGGCUCUGUGGACUGUCAUUCUUGAAAUAUUCAACAAUUUCGCGAUUUUGGGGUUACUUUUUCCUUCAUUAUUUAAUUUGAUGACGGUAGCCCUCAUGUUUGACAUCUAAAUACGGACAGACGGUAGACAAUGAAGACUUAACUUUUAUGGUUAUACAAUAAAAAAACCACGGAGAAUAAGACAAAAUGAAAAAUUUUAAAUAAUUUAACCGCAACAUAGAGAAAACGACCGGUAAAGUUUGGUAACACCACUUUUUACGCACCCUGUAACAAGAUACUAAAGCUAUGUUUGUCUUAAAAAGAUCGUUUUUGUACUAUAUUGAUAUAUUCGGAAUGGCAUUUUAAAUAAAUUUGAAAUUUCAGAGUAUUUGAUGUUGGAGGUCAGCGCUCACAGCGAAAAAAGUGGAUUCACUGCUUUGACGAUGCCCGUGCUGUGAUCUUUGUUGUCGCUCUGAGCGAGUACGAUCAGGUGUUGAUUGAGGACAAUACUACUGUAAGUGCUUUAUUGUUUGUACUUGUAGAUUUAGGUUUAUAGCUCUAUAGUAACGUGUGAUGGUAUCUCUACACUACCCAAGUUUUGGCUUUAAACUUAGCUUUAACCUGAGCCUUAGUUUUAGAUUAAGCCUAAGCUUGACCUUAGACUUGGAUUUGAGCCUGCGCUUGAGCCUGAGCUUGAGCCUGGGCCUGAACGUGAGCCUGAGCUUGAGCUUGAGUUUGAGCCUUAUUUUUGAGUUUGAGCCUGAGCUUAAGCUUGAGCCUGAGCUUAAGUUUAAGCUUGAGUUUGAGCCUUAUUCUGAGUUUGAGCCUAAGCUUUUGGCAUUAAUUGUUGCCUUAGCUUUAGCCUGAGCUUGAACCUUAGUCAGAGCUUCAGCCUAACAAUUGUGAGCUUGAAGCUGACCUUAGUCUUAGUUGUAGUCUGAGCCUUAAACUAGCCAAAAUCUUAGAGUUUUUUCUGUAAAUUAAUUUUGUUAAAUUUCUUUUUUAAAACUUACUAAAUUAAAAAAGCUUUCUGCAAUUUUCAGAACCGGAUGCUGGAAUCCAUCCAAUUAUUCAAGCAAGUCUGUAACAACAAACAUUUCAUCGAGACUUCAAUUAUAUUAUUCUUGAACAAAAAAGACUUGUUUCGUGAGAAAAUAGAAGAAAAUCAGAUUCCGCUGAAGAAGACCUUCCCCGAGUAUAGUGGUGAGCUCAAGUACGAACCUUGUGUCAAGUAUAUCGAGAAAAAGUUCUUUAUGGCCAACGAAGUGCCCAACAAGAAUAUAUAUUGUCAUCAGACUUGUGCUACGGAUACUGAACAGGUUCAGUUCGUGUUGGACAGUGUUAUGGAUACAAUUUUGAGUUCAAAGCUUAAAGGGUGUGGGCUUUACUAG